AUGGGUAAAAUGGAUUACGACAUAAAGUCGUCCUCGCCGACAGGCACAGACACUGAGAAGGGCGGUCUCCCCACCUACACGGACGAAGCUACCGCCGUCCCUGGGGAGGUCUUCGUUCAGGGAGACUCCUUGUUCGCAAAGACACAGCGUUUCGUCACAAAGUUCGGCGUGGAGCCGAGAGGUAUAGAACGAGUGCCUGAGGAUGAGCGGACGGACACGAACCUCGUGCAAGUGGGCACUGUCUGGUGUUCAGCAAACAUGGUUGUCUCCUCCUUCGCAAUUGGCGCCCUCGCUAUUCCCGUCUUCGAGCUCGGCUUCGUCGAUGCUCUCCUCACCAUACUCUUCAUCAAUCUCCUCGGCAUUACCCCCGUUUGUUUCUUCAGCACCUUCGGCCCUCGCUUCGGUCUACGGCAGAUGGUGCUCUCGAGAUACUUUUUCGGUUACUAUGGCGUCAAGGUCAUUGCCAUCUUUAACGUCCUAGCCUGCGUUGGCUGGUCCUCCGUCAACGUGAUUGUCGGUGCCCAGCUUUUCAACGCAGUCAACCCCGACGUGCCUGGUUGGGCAGGGAUCAUCAUAAUUGCCGCCUGCACCUUCUUCAUCACCCUCUUCGGCUACAAAAUCGUCCAUAAAUACGAGUUCUGGUCCUGGAUACCCUCUUUCAUCAUCUUCCUGAUCGUGCUCGGUGAAUUCGCCCACUCCGGCAAGUUCAAGAACCUGACGCUGCACAAAGGCGGUCCAGAGGCAGGCUCUGUUCUCAGCUUUGCUGCCUCAGUCUUCGGUUUCGCCACGGGAUGGACCUCUUACGCAGCCGACUACACCGUCUAUCAACCGGUAAAUACGUCUCGCAGGAAAGUCUUCCUCUGGACAUGGGCCGGUCUGAUCUUCCCGCUACUCUUCACGGAGAUGCUCGGUCUUGCAGUCGCGACCGCGACAAUGAACGGACCAGACGACAACCCCUAUAUCACCGGAUAUGGGAAAGCCGGCAUCGGCGGGUUGCUCGCUGCAGUGCUCUUCCCACCCCUAGGCCGCUUCGGCGAAUUCUGCCUUGUCAUCCUCGCCCUCAGCAUCAUCGCGAACAAUUGCCCGAACAUCUACAGCUUGACAUUCUCGCUGCAGCUGAUGACGAGAUAUGCGCAGAAAGUGCCACGGUUCAUCUUCACGUUUAUCGGGACAGUCAUCUAUUGCGCGAUAGCUAUCCCAGGCUAUUCGAGAUUCGAGGAAGUGUUGGAGAAUUUCAUGUUGUUGAUCGGCUACUGGCUCGCCAUCUACGAAGGCAUCGCUCUCUCCGAACACUUCAUCUUCAAGAAACGCAAAUACGAUCUCACGAUCUGGAACUCGCCCAACGAACUGCCGCCCGGCAUAGCCGCUGUCUUAGCUUUCUGUUUCGGCGUCUUCGGGGCUGUAAUGGGAAUGGCGCAGAAAUGGUGGAAGGGGCCAGUGGGGCGGAAGAUUGGCCUUCCGAUGUUUGGAGGCGAUGUUGGGUUUGAGUUGGCGUUCGCUUUUGCGGCGGUCAGUUAUUGGGGGUUGAGAUUUGCGGAGAAGAGGUUCUUCAAGAGGUAG